GAACCGGUUAAAAGCUCGUGUGUUUGUAUUAUUGGGGGAGGAUCAGGCUGAUGAAAAGAAAAUGGCUGCCGGGUUUAACUGGUUCCUUGUACUAAGCUCUGUAUUUCUUUGCAACCUCGUCAAAACAUUGCUGCCGUCUAUUUCUUCAUUUCUGUCAAAGAUCUUCCAGAAGGAUGCUGAUCAGGAGACGGAGAUGAGGACAGAGAUCCAAAACAUGAAGAUGGAGCUGUCCAGCAUCAGUAUGAUGGACGAGUUUGCCAGAUACGCUAGACUGGAACGCAAGAUCAACAAGAUGACCGAUCAACUUAAGACACUUGUCAAAUCAAGAACUGCACAGCAGGCAAAAAUGAAGUGGAUUGUAAAUAUUGUAUUUUACAUUCUUCAGGCGGCCCUCAUGAUCUCACUCAUAUUGAAGUACUAUGCAGACCCGGUCACAGUGGUGCCCAGUAAAUGGAUUGCUCCACUGGAGAGACUAGUAGCCUUUCCUUCUGGAAUUGCAGGUGGUGUUGGGAUCACAUGCUGGCUAGUUGUUUGCAACAAGGUUGUGGCCAUCAUUCUACAUGCUGUUAGUUAAUCUAACAGUGUUAUAGCAUCAAGAAUACACAGUCGUACAAGGUUUUUUCCCCCCCACUUUUAAUGUCAUUCAUCGUUUGUUGGCCAUUUAUUAAAAUUUUAGCUUUCAUUGUCUACAAAUUCUCGUUUAAUUUUUUUAUUUGCAUUUAGUUAGUAAAUGCUGAUAUGUAAACAUUCCUAAAAGAGUACAAAACACUUUUUUUUUUUUUUUUUUUUUUU